AUGUCGGCCACGACGGCGGCGGUGCCCUUCUGGCGAGCGGCGGGGAUGACCUACGUCGGCUACUCCAGGCUCUGCGCGUCCAUGGUGCGGAGCUGCCUCAAGGAGCCCUACAAGUCCGAGGCCGCCGAAGUCGAGAAGGUCCACUACUCCCGCUCCAAGUGGUCGGACGGAAAGCAGGCCAAGCCCAGAACUGCAAAAGUAGAUGUAGUUGAAUUUUGGGAUGCUCAAGCUACUGCCUCUGUCCGGUGGGCCUACCUGUCGGGUCGUGGGUUGACCAGCAUGGUUUAUUCCGUGAGGUUGAACCGUUCCUUUCCUUUGGCUAUGCCAUCUGCGAAGAUGAUAAAUGAAAGAUCUGGUGCCAUGGUGACACAGUCCUUCCUACGGACGUUUUCAAAAGCUACUGUGUUUCGUGCUGGCCAUUCUACCUAA